UUUAUCCGGAAGGUCCACUCCAGUCAAGAUCGAGUUGAAGAUAUCGCAGCCAUGUAUCGUCGGUGCAUGGGGGGAGUUUUGCGCCGUUCGGCGAGAUGCCCGUCGGCUGGGGGUAGCCGCCGCUUGAUGAGUUCGAUUCCAUCAAGUUCUUCGUCAUCCGCGGCUCCACUUAUCUUGGGGGCUGGAGUGUUGGCGUUGUACACGUUUCGCCAGUCGUUCUUGACCAAGCUUAUGGAUCCGGUGCUGAUGCCGCUGCUUCGGUUGUUGGACCCCGAGACGUCGCAUGUGCUUGCCGUUCAAGCAGCAAAGUAUGGAUGGACUCCCAAGGACACUCUUCCGGACGACACAUCGCUACGUAUGUCGGUGCUCGGUAUGUCGUUCGAUAACCCCAUUGGUAUCGCAGCCGGCUUCGACAAACACGCCGACGCAAUGCAGGGACUUCUCGACAUGGGCUUUGGGUUUGUCGAAAUCGGAAGCGUUACCCCGCUGCCGCAAGAGGGAAACCCCAAGCCCCGCGUCUUCCGGCUGCUCGAAGACCGAGGUGUGAUCAAUCGCUACGGAUUCAACAGCGAGGGCCACCCCAAGGUCCGCGAGCGCCUCGAGAAGUACAAGUACUGGACGUUGUCGUCGUCGACGAAGCUCCACCACCGCACGGGUCCGUUGGGAGUGAACUUGGGGAAAAACAAAACGUCCGACAGCCCGAUUGACGACUACGUUCGCGGCGUUGAGAGCCUCGGGCCGUUUGGCGACUACCUCGUCAUCAACAUUUCAUCCCCCAACACCCCAGGGCUGCGCUCGCUCCAGGUACCAUUUGUUCCAGGGCCACCACAGCCGCUACAAGUAGAUUGUUGCAUUGAUGCGGUGAACAGGGAAAGAAAGAACUGCAUGCGCUUGUGUCGGCCGUCCUCGACGCACGCAACAAGCUCUGGAAGCGCGUGCCACUGCUGGUGAAGAUUGCGCCGGACUUGACGCCGGAGGACAUGCAAGACAUUGCGGACGUCGUGGUGGCGCUCAAAGUCGACGGCUUGAUUGUGUCCAACACGACCAUUUCACGUCCUCCUUCUCUCACGAGGUAUAUACAAUGUUGCAACCACGGUGCCUCACGGAUUCGAAUACGAUUGUCGGCAGUCCACAUGCGGCCGAAACGGGGGGUUUGAGCGGUGCGCCCGUCAAGGAACUGUCUACGGCGGUGCUCUCUUCCAUGUACAAGCUCACGCAAGGGAAGAUCCCCCUCAUUGGAGUCGGCGGUGUCGCAACGGGGCAUGACGCAUACGACAAGAUCAAGGCCGGCGCGAGUUUGGUGCAGCUGUACUCGAGCUUGGUGUUUGACGGUCCUUUGGCAGUGGCCCGUAUCAAGCACGAAUUAACAGCCCUGAUCAAGGCGGAUGGGUAUACGUCGGUGGCGGAAGCCGUCGGCGCGGCCCACAGGGUGCUGCCUGCCACGAAGACAGCGCCACCAGCAUAAUGAGGGAACUCAGGAACACUCAGUACGCUCGCUACACGGAGCAGCGCAACGUGUGUUUCUAUGGUCGCUGCUUGAACGCUCGGACGGGCCGUCGUUGGAUUGUGGUAGAGCCAAUUUAAUUCCAGCCAAUCACAGAUCGUCGAAUAAUCCAA